AUCACUGUAACACCUUUAAUGCUUUGAGGAAUAAAACUGCCAUGAAGUGAUGGAAUCAGGAAGAAACUUUCCUAGUGGGGAUCUCCCCUAGGAGAAGGGCCCCACUGCUUUUUCCUGUAAUCUCAUGUUCUUCAGGGCCACCCAGGCACCCGAUGCAGCAGAGGGUAUUUGCCAAGCACAGGAUCAGCUUGGAUAGAUGGGGUAAAGGGGAAGCACUUCAUAGGCAGCCUCUGCAGAUGAAGUGUAGCCUUGUUUUCAGUCACCCCCAGCACCAUGGCAGGCUGCAAAGCCUUCAUGAGAUCAACUAUUUGGGCAGUAUGUCCUCACUGACCCCUCUCCCACUGUUUCUUCCCCUGACUCCCAUUGCUGAGGCUUCAAGAGAUGCCCCAGAAGUCAGAGAAGCUGGAGAUUUUAUUGCACCCUGAACAAAAGAUGGGCCCUGGACUCCAAGCAGAUUGCACCCUUUCUUGCCAAGGCCUGACCAAGUCCUAGAAGUCUCCUCUGAGGUGAGAAAGUAGGAAACCCUAAUGUGAAGCAGAGGCUUUGACCUGACUGCACAUGACAGUGUCACACUUGUAAAGCCCCAGUGCUGAACCCCCAGCAAGCCUAGCCCCUCUUCUGCUGGGCCCCCUGCCCAGGGCCAUGCUUCAGCCACCCAGACCCAUGUGGGACCCCCCUGUCAUCGUCACAGACAGGCAGCACUGAGGGAACCAGCACCACUCCAUGCAGGGCAGCAGGAGAUGGGGCUCUGGCAGACCCCAUCCGUCCCUCCUCACAUGGGUCAUCGGCUCGUUUUCCAGCGUGGUCAUGAGGGAUGGCCCCUGGAACCACAGAGCUUCUGCCCAUCGCCGCCACCUCGCCCGCAGCAUCACCAGACUCCCCGGGGCAAUGAAGUCAUUUCUAACACCCUGAAGGGACAUUUCCCUCGCGGGUGCGUGUUUCCCCAGCAAUCACACACAAAAGGGCAUCCUCGGCCGAGUGCCCCAGCGCUGGGCUCGUCCCCCGCGGCCGCCCAUCCCCGCUCAUUUCCUGGCUGGGCGAUGGCAGGCGGCCGGGCAGCACUUUCUCUUCCUCAGCCAAUUGCAUCUUCAAUCCAUAUCGGAGGAUCGCGGGGUGUGAGGCGUGGGAGAGCCCGGGGCCGGUGCGGCAGGCACCGGGGAGGAACCGGGAGCAGGAGCAGGAGGAAGAGGAGGGAGAGGAGCGAGGAAGAGGCCUGGGGCGGGCAGCCCCCGGGGUCGGGCCGCGUUGGCCGGCCCAGCCGCUUAAAUGCAACCCCUGGGGCACCGGCUUCUGUCUGAUGAGACCGCUCCAGGGCUGCCGGGGAAGGGGCGUCGUCGUGGGGACCGUCACCCUCUGCCUGGCCGCCGGGUGGGCUCUGCAGACUCCUGGAGGAGUAUCGUUAGUUGUCCCACAACCCAGCAUCAACGCAACAGUGGCACAGAACAUCCUCCUCUCAGUUGAAUACUCUUGCAGAGGUGUUGCCACCAUUGAGUGGAAGCAUGUGUCAAGCUGGGGCACCACCAAAAUUGUUGAGUGGAAAAGUGGGAAUUAUGUCAACAUAUCCACGGUCUACAAGGACAGAGUGACUACUUUUGAAAAUGGCUCUAUACAGCUUCUGAACGUGGGCAUGAGAGAUGCUGGCUACUAUUUUAUCACUGUGACAGAGGAGCAUGGAGCUAACACCUACGGCACCAUCGUAGUCAAUGUUUACGAGAUUAUCUAUGAAGAUUUACAUUUUGUAGCAGUUCUCUUUACAUUUCUUGCUGCUGUAUCUGCCAUUUUGGUCUGCUUCAUGUGGCUGUGUAAUAAAUCUCUGCAUCUAUUUCAGAAGAAGAUGACACACAAACUAACAGCAAGUACAACUGAAGAGAUUGAAUUGGAAACCAUUGAGUGUUAGCCAAGGACUGUCUCAUAACAAAAAUAACAAUUCUACCUCAGGAAAAAGCACUGGCAAAGAAAGGGAGAAGAAACCUUAAAGGUAACAUGUUUGUGACUGCUGCAGAAACAUCCUGACUUGCAAACUAAUUAGACUUUAAAUCAGCAGCGUCUGAUGGAGCUGUUUUGACCUGUUUUGACCUGUUAAGUUUUCAGCUCUGCUAACCAAGGUUGAAGUAAAAAAGAGUAUGCUUUCAUGCUGAGCACGAACACAUUUUUGUGGCUCAUUAAUAAAAUCUACAGCCUCUACCACUCUUAAAACCAACCAACUAAGCCUCUAAGAGCAACCCAGAAAGGAAAUGAUCAUGGUCUUGAAAGACACCUGUAUUUUGGCUAUAGCAAGUCUCCUAUUACAGACAGAGCAGCCAUUAGCAUCCUUCAACAUAAUAAAUUUAAUGUCUAAUUACAGUAUCAUAUUAAAAAACUAAUUGCAAGGACUGAAUCCUGUUUAUUGCGCCUCUGCUGCUAGUUUUGGGCGUAAAGAAUUUCCUGAAGCUCUAAACACAAACUGCAAUUCUUCAUGAGAUAAAACUGCCUUUGAAACAAUGCCGAGCUGGUCAAAGUUCCCCACUUACGUUUCCCAGUGUUUGCACUGCCCCAGGAUAUUAACACACAUUUUAUGACAUUACUACAGCAGGUUGUUAAACAAUGAACCAUGCACAGGCACUGAAGAAGACGCUGCCUAUAGUAAUUAGAGGGGUCAGAUAAAAUACUGACACAUCACACCACAGGGGUGGUAAAACACUAAACAGUUCAUUGUGAAAGAUGUCAAGUCCUUUGCAAACUUACUAAUAGUCUAUCUGUGAAGAAAAAUUGAAACAGCAUUACUCAGAAAUCCAGUAUUUACAAAUACAGUUUGAAGUUGCUCUUGUUGAGAAGCCGCCUUUGCUUUCCUACGUUGUAAGAAAACAUGAAGUGAUUGAACUAAUGUCUUCUUGAACCCGCAUAUUGCACUUAUAUUCUCCACCUGCAGAUCUGCUGGGUGGAAUAACAUUUGUUUUUGUGAGUGAGGAAGCACUGACCUGACUGAGCUCCAAAUUACCCUGGUUUGCUUUUGUAAUGAGAAGAACUUUGCAGUGUGAAAUAAACUUUGAAAACUUACUUAUA